GUUCACUUGUUGGGGUGCGUAGCACAAUGACGGAUUCCCAUAAGUAACACCGUUUAAAAAUGAAUUGCACUAGUAACUUAGCUCAUAAAGACGUGUGCUCGCAUUAGUACAACUGUUCAGUAGUAACAUUAGCCGACAGCCGUAGCCGUAGUGACAACGUCGGCACGCGCUUAGCUUGCGACGCCAACGUCUUGCCAACGUGAUGGGAUAAAGCACGCUCACAAUUCUUCACAUGGAGAGAUGAGUGCGAUGGAGAUCAUACUUGCAUUGAAAUCUCUAUCAAAUAUCGGAGUGACUAUUUCGGGAGAUCAUCUAAACACUGUCAAACAAUGCUUUCAAGAAAAAGACAAUCCCACUGAAGUCCGAAUAACUGCGCUCAAAGCUUUCAGUGACAUUCCAUGCCACAUCCGAGGAAAUGCAGCCAUGGAAGUUCUAGCUGAAAGCAGUGAGGAUUCUGAGAUCCGCAUUGCUGCAUACUUAGGAGUGAUGAAGUGUGUUGAUUAUAAAAUCUUUUUAACCAUCAAGGAUCUUUUGAAUCGUGAAGAAGUCAAUCAAGUUGGCUCUUUCAUCUGGACUCGCUUGAACAAUUUGGCUACCACCUCCCUGCCAUCCAAGUUGGAAAUUCAAGGUCUUAUUAUUGAUCAGAACAUGGUUAAAAAAUUUGACACGGAUGCUAGGAAAUUCUCUAGGAAUUACGAGAAGUCGAUUUUACUUGACCAGUACAACGCUGCCGCUAGCUUGGAAAGCAACAGUAUCGUUUUCUCUCAAAAUUCUUACUUGCCUCGUUCGGCAUCGCUUAACUUUACUGUUGAUAUUUUUGGCCAAUCUGUUAAUCUACUUGAGUUUGAUGGGCGAAUGAAGGAAUUCGAACUUUAUAUCGAGUCACUUUUCGGACCAGGUGGUCUUUACCACCAGAAGGAAGUAGGAUACAUUUUGGAAUCAUUGCGCUCCAAAAUAAAAGUGACUCCAUCUUCUCCUAACCAGCCAGAUGCUGGAAAACUCAAAGUGAUGGGCGAGCAAUUCGAUGCUGUAAGCCGCUUUACAGAUGAACCAGAGAUGUCAAUGUCGAUGAAGGUCUUCGGAAAUGAAAUAGGGUACGGACACUGGGAAGGUCGCAACGAGAUUUUGGAACGCUUCCGAAAACUCAAUCCUACUUCGAAACUCCACAAUUUGAUGAACGGCGAAGAAAAUCAGUUUAGCUACGCGUCCCAGUACAUCGAUUCGACUCACACUAUACCGUUAGGUGUCGGUUUGCCUCUCAACUUGGUGGCACAGGGUCAGGUGGUUGCUGAGAUCCGCGGGAACAUGCGGACGGAUCUGAAAUCAAUUUUUUCAAGUGGCAAAGGAGAAGUCGUCUGGAAGGUCCAUCCCAGCGCAGCAGUUAUCUUCAACGGAGCGAUGACUGUCGAUGCUAUUGCUGUAAAAACCGGAGUGACGUUGGAGACAACUCUUCACAGUUCAGUGAGCACUUCUGGUAAAUUUUCGCUCGACGGACUGAGGUUAUUCGACUUGCAAAUAGAUUUUCCACAAGAGAAAGCCGAGAUCAUUACGUUCAAGAGUGAUCUUACGCUUACCCACCGUAAUGUUAAGACAUCCCUGGAUGGGAUAGUAGACAACCGAGUGGAAAUGUCAGAUUGCACAGGUGGUCUCACCCAGCGCUAUCUCGGCCUGCAGAUUUGCUCCAAAGUGGGCUACCCGAACGCAUCGGAACAGGAGAGCUUAGCAUAUUUCCCAUUGACCGGACCCAGCCAUUUGAGUAUGGAAUUGACCAAACUCGAUCCAGCAAUAACGUCAUAUCGUUUCCUUCAUAAAGUAGAAAAAUACCGAGGCUAUCAAAUUAUGGACUUUGAGUUUCCACCCAGAAGGAGCAAAAGAGUCGAAGGAAGUUGGACUCAAAGCUGGAAUUGAAUAUAAAGAAUCUGAUUCCGGCUUUCUUGAAUUUAACUUAAUGCUCCCUAGUAGAAAUUACGAAACUAAAGGUACGUUCGUAUGGAAGGAGGAGAUGAAAAAAAUUGAAGCAUCUUUAAUGCGUGAUACCAAAGAAAAGCUGCUAGUAGUGAAGGCUGGUCUGGAUAGAUCUGCUUGUUCCAAGCAAUCUGCUGUGAUUUGCUAUCAGCCCACACUGACUUUGAUCCUCAGCAACAAAAAAUUAGUUAAUCUUGAUGGAAACAUUAAAUUGACGGAGAAACAAGGGAAGCGCAAUUAUGAACUGGGCCUCAAUUCAACGAUAGGCAGCUGGAGCACUGUUUCUAAAGGCUAUUACUUAAUGGAUGAGAAAUCGCAUGUAUCCAAUUUCACCGUCGAUUACACGUCUAAUCCCAGAACCCGCCAGAGAGGAUUCAAAUCGAAAUCAAAAUGAAUAAAGAGUCGUCGCAAGGAUUUCGGCAGUUGGAUAUACACCUGGGAGUGGAACCAUCCGCAUAUCCGAAUCGAAAUUUCGUCGGUAACUGGAGAUUGCAACGAGGACUGGGGCAUUUCGAAAACGUGUUGAUGAUGAACAUCGGGCCGAUGCCUCGUGAUAAUCGCAAUUCUUUAACGAUUCACCAAGGAUUCAGUUAUUCUGUCGGCUUGAGUCAGAAUUUGAAAUUGAAAAGUCAUUUCGAGAUGACUCUGCCAGCCAAGGGGCUUUAUGUCGGUUUGAUUAUCGGGCAUGAACAGACCGAUUACAAGACGGACUCGCUUUUUAUUGGAAGAUACGCACCUGACAAGGAGCUCCAGUGUGGAUUGCUGUUUGUGAAAACCCCAGGCGUAUUGCUGAAAGCUAGCGGUGCUUUCAAUUUAACUCUCCGGUCAUCAAAUUGAAUGUAAAAAUCCAGGAGCAAUCUAAAAAUAAUUACAGGGUUGAUGCUGACGGAAUUUGGGGACAAGACACGGAUUUCCAAUUAAGCAGUAUGUACGAUAACCAAGUACAAAGUACGCACUCCAUUCAACAACCUGACUGUGGAAGUAACCGGUUCAACUAUAUAUCCAACCGAAUUCGUUUAUACCUAUAAAACCAAUCACACUGCUUUAGAAGCUAAAGUGCAAUCGAGUUAUGGCAAAGACGCGGUUUCGUUCUACAUCUUGCAAGAAAAUCCAACCAAAGAAGAAUCAAAGAUUGCUACUAAAAUUGGUUACUUAAACUAUCUUCACACUGCUGAUGGUUACUGGAAGGAUCUUCCAGAUGGCAAGAAAGGAACUCUGGACAUUCACGUUGACAAGGUCAUGACCGUUAGAAGUGUUUUUAGCACCGAUGUAGCAACAAACGGACGCCGUGAUGUCUCUCUGGACGUUCAGUGGAACCCCAAUCGCAAUCCUCAAAAGAAACUCAUUAUUAAAACCACAUUCGAACCUUCUAAUCUUAAUCCUCGAGACUGGAUAAGUGCCGUCAUUCUCAGUUAUCCUGGCUCAUUUAUCAGAGGAAAUUUCGCCGCUCUUACCCAGA